AUCGACCGACCAAUCAUGGAGUUCCCACACCGCCACGGCCACGGCCACGGUCGCCGCGACGACGACGAUUCCGACGACCGCCGCGCCCCCGCGCCCGGAUACGGAGCACCUGCCCCGGCCUACGGCCGCGACGACGACGAGUACGGACGCCACGCCCCAGCCCCCGCAUACGGUCGCGACGACGACUACGGCCGCCACGCCCCCGCCCCGGCCUACGGCGGCGGUCGCGACGACGGCUACGGCCGCCACGCGCCCGACCCGGCGUACGGGGGAGGCGGCGGCUACGGCGCCCCUGCCCCAGCAGCAUACGGCGGCGGCCGCGACGACGGCUACGGCCGCCACGCGCCGGCCCCAGCGGCGUACGGGGGAGGCGGAGGCGGCGGCUACGGCGCGCCGGCGCACGGCAACGUCGUCCACGUGUCCCACGAAUCGGGCCACGACGAGAGGCCGCACUACGGAGGGUACGGCGGCGACACCCGCCCGCACCAAGGGGCCGGCGGGGGCGGGGCGGCGGUCGCCACGGAGAAGACGUACCGGAUCCUGUGCAAGGCCGGGGAGGACGGAUUCAGCCUCGGCACCCGGGGCGACAAGGUGUGCUUCCUCCGCACGGACCAGGACGACCACGCCCAGCACUGGAUCAAGGACAUGAAGUACAGCACCAGGGUCAAGGACGAGGAAGGAUACCCGGCCUUCGCCCUCGUCAACAAGGCAACAGGAGAGGCUCUCAAGCACUCACUCGGACAGAGCCACCCUGUUCUUCUGACCCGCUACAAUGCAAACUCCCUGGAUGAGUCCGUCCUCUGGACCGAGAGCAGGGACGUCGGGAAUGGGUACCGCUGCAUCAGGAUGGUCAACAACAUCUACCUCAACUUCGAUGCGCUCAACGGCGACCCCAACCAGGACAAUGGUGGCGUGCGCGAGGGCACCACACUCAUACUCUGGGAGUGGACCGAGGGCGACAACCAGCGCUGGAAGAUCGUCGAGUGGUGAUCAAUGCUUGCAAACAUUGUUGGUUCGAGCAGUGCCGUCUCUGUAAUAAAGCUGAAUGUUUCUGGAAUAAAGGAUGGUGCCAAUGCGAUGUGAGCGGUGUGCCUUUUUCUUUUAGCAGUUCUAUUAUGAUCAAUUUGUAAUGAUGGAUUGCUGCACCAGUUGUGUGUGAUGAACGUCUGAACAAACAAACCAGUUGCUUGUAGAUGCAUGCAUUUGACAUGUUUGUGGGUUGUAACAGGAAUCGGUUUUCCCAUCAAAUUAUUGUAAUGGAGAUAUAUGUACUCUAUUUUUUUUUAUCAUGAGAUCUUUUGAGGUCUGGGCA